AUGCUUCACUUUUUUGUAAUUUUUCUUUUAAUUAAUUUAACAUAUUCUAUUAAUAUAAAUGUAAAGAACUAUUUAUUUUUUAAUGAUAAUUUUAAUAACAUUCAAAAAUGUAAAAUUUUUAAAACAAAAAGAAUAUUUGAAAGAGAUAUGAAAAAUAAUAUAAUAUAUAAACAGAUAAAAGAAGAAAAUUAUCCAUUUAAAAAAUAUAGUAUUGAUGAUGUAUAUUAUGGUAGAAUAUUAAGCAUUAAUCAAAGAAAAAUAAAAUUAGAUAUUUUGUGUGAUAGAAAAGCUUAUUUAAAUACAUCAGAAUAUUUUAGUUUAGAAGGGUUACAAAAAUAUAUUUUUCUUAUAAUAAAAAUACAUAAUAUAAUUAAAGUUAGAAUAGCAAGAAUUGAUAAUAUACAUAAGAAAAUUAUAGUUGAUAUUAAGAAAUACACUAAUGAAGAGAUAUUAUCAUCAUUUAAAAAUACGAAUAAUCUAAUUAAUUCUAAAAUUUUAGAUAUUAGAGAUAAUUAUGUGUUACUUUAUUUAGCACCUAAAAUUCAUGCAAAAUUAAUAAUUAAGCAAAGUGAUGAUUUAAAUAAAUAUAAAAUAGGAAAUAACAUUUUAACUAAAAUAGAUUAUUUUGAUAAAGUUAAAAAUGAAUUAUAUGUAAAAAAUUCUUAA